AUGUUAGGGUCCUUCAAGCAGUCCGCUCUCUACCAGGAGCUGAAUGCCCGUCUCGUGUUCAUCGGGUGCUUCGUCUCCUUGGGCGCGAUGGGAUUCGGAUUUGACAACUCCUGGUGGGGAGGUGCCUUGGGUCUGGAUCAGUUCAACAAAAAAUAUGGCGCGUAUGAUCCAAGCACCGGUGGAUACAGUCUUCCCUCGGAGAAGCAAUCGGCCGGCACAGGCACCGGUUCGGCUGGUAUCAUUCUCGGAUGUCUCGCAGCUCCCUGGUUAUGCUCACACUUGGGAAGGAAACCGACAUUGUUGGUGAUGUCGGGCCUCCUGGCUGUUGGCACGGUUCUGGAGGCUUCCGCCAUUACCUCCUUCUGGCAGCUGGUGGUUGGCCGUAUCGUGGUAUAUUCCGGCAUCGGAGUGGCCUCCAAUGUGGUGCCGAUGUAUCAGUCCGAAUGUGCUCCCACCAAGGUUAGAGGUGCGUUUCUGACAGCUUACUCUAUUUGGAAUACAUUCGGUGGCUUCAUGGGCACGCUCGUGGUUUUCCUCUGCCAGAACAUCAAAAGUGAAUGGGCGUAUCUCACCGUCAUUCUCUGUCAGCUCUUCGUUCCGGUAGGAAUCGUGCUUGGAUAUGCCUUUCUCCCCGAGACCCCUCGAUACUUGGUCUAUCGCGGACGGCUGGAGGAAGCCGAAGCUUCGAUGAAAGUUCUGUUUGGGCCCGACUACAACGCCAAAGAGGAAAUUCAGCUCUUACAGCUCCAGCUAGAAGAGCAGCGUGAAUUCCAUAAGGCAACGAGCUUGCUCGACUGCUUUCGCGGGGUGAACCUGCGACGAACCGUCGUUGCGAUGGGUACUCAAAUCCUGCAGCAGGCGCAGGGUAUCUCGUUUAUCAACAACUUUAUUGUGACGUUCAUGGAACAGCUGGGAUUUCCGGAUCCAUUGAAGUCGAACGUCAUUGUCCAGUCUUGCGGUCUUGUGGCCAACCUCAUCUCGCUGUACACCUCCGGACGGCGUAUUAAUAUGCUCGUGGGUGCGUUGCUCAUGGCUGCCAUGAUGAUGGGAGUCGGUGGCGCCAGUGCGCACGGGACCGACAACCUCAGUUUGAUGACCCAGAAUGGUUGUGUGGCGAUGCUCAUUCUGUGGUAUGUCUUCUACGGUUUAUCAUGGGGACCGGGUGUUUGGAUUCUAUCUGGUGAAAUUGGAACGGGACAAUUGCGAGAACGGACUCUUCUGCUGGCCUCUCUCGGCAGCUUCGUCACCUCCGUUCCCAUCAAUUUCGUGAAUCCAUACGUCCAAGCCGCUAUCGGUGGUCGUGUCACGUUUAUCUACGGCAGUUUCUCGGUGGCCGCGAUCGCUUUCGUCUAUUUCCUUCUGCCUGAGACCAAAGACCGAUCCCUGGAGGAGCUGGACGAAAUGUUCCAGAACAAGGUUCCUACUAGAGAGUUUUACACGUAUGUCUGCACGGGUCUGGGAGCACAGAUUACGCAGUUGGAGAACAAGGACGACCAUGGUGACAUGAAGGUCAAGCAGGUUGAACAUGUGGAAGCUGCUUUGUAG